AUGAUGGAGAAGCAUGGGAUAGGCACUGACGCAUCCAUUCCAGUGCACAUCAACACGAUUUGUCAGAGAAAUUACGUGACGGUGGCGUCGGGACGGCGUCUGAUCCCAACAAAGCUUGGAAUAGCUUUGGUUCAUGGCUAUUGGAAGGUGGAUCCCGAGUUGGUAUUACCAACAAUGCGAUCUGAGGUUGAGGCACAGCUGAACCUGAUCGCGAAGGGACAGGCCGAUUUCUUUGAG